CCUGGGCCGCCGCGGGCCCGCACCCAGCGCGGAGCGCGGCUCACGCGGGCGGGCGGGCGGGCGCGCGGGCUGGCGACCUGCCUUGGACCGGUAUGGCGGACCGGCGGCGCGCCUGGAACACGGAGGACGACCUGCCAGUGUACCUGGCGCGGCCGGGCAGCGCGGCGCAGACCCCGCGCCAGAAGUACGGCGGCAUGUUCGCCGCGGUGGAGGGCGCCUACGAGAACAAGACCAUCGACUUCGACGCGUACAGCGUGGGCCGCCGCGGCUCGGCGCGCACACCGCGCAGUGCUGGCCGACCCGACGCGGUCGGCCUGCCGGGGCCCGGCGGCAGCGAGGACACCGCCAGCGACGUGAGCGAGCUCUCCGGCUCGGCCGUUAGCUCGCCGGGCGAGCGCGACGAGCGACCGCCCGCGCUGCGCAUCCGCUGCCCAGCGCCCCGCGACCUGCCACUCGGCCGGGACAAUGGCCAGAGUGACCGACUCCUCAUCAAAGGUGGACGGAUCAUCAACGAUGACCAGUCCUUCUACGCGGAUGUCUACCUGGAAGAUGGACUCAUAAAGCAAAUAGGAGAGAACUUAAUCGUUCCUGGUGGAGUGAAGACCAUCGAGGCCAAUGGGCGGAUGGUCAUUCCUGGGGGCAUUGACACCAACACGUAUCUGCAGAAGCCCUCCCAGGGGAUGACUGCUGCCGACGACUUCUUCCAAGGCACCAAGGCGGCCCUGGCGGGCGGGACCACAAUGAUCAUUGACCACGUUGUCCCGGAACCCGGGUCCAGCCUGCUGACCUCCUUUGAGAAGUGGCAUGAGGCAGCUGACACCAAGUCCUGCUGUGACUACUCCCUCCAUGUGGACAUCACAAGCUGGUACGACGGCGUCCGGGAGGAGCUGGAGGUGCUGGUGCAGGACAAAGGUGUCAAUUCCUUCCAAGUCUACAUGGCCUAUAAGGAUCUCUACCAAAUGUCCGAUAGCCAGCUCUAUGAAGCCUUCACCUUCCUUAAGGGGCUGGGAGCUGUGAUCCUGGUCCACGCAGAGAAUGGAGAUUUGAUAGCUCAGGAACAAAAGCGGAUCUUAGAGAUGGGCAUCUCAGGUCCUGAGGGCCAUGCUCUGAGCAGACCUGAAGAGCUGGAGGCCGAGGCCGUGUUCCGGGCCAUCACCAUUGCGGGCCGGAUCAACUGCCCCGUGUACAUCACCAAGGUGAUGAGCAAGAGCGCGGCCGACAUCAUCACCCUGGCCAGGAAGAAAGGCCCCCUCGUUUUCGGCGAGCCCAUCGCCGCCAGCCUGGGGACCGACGGCACGCAUUACUGGAGCAGGAACUGGGCCAAGGCAGCGGCGUUCGUGACCUCCCCUCCCCUGAGCCCGGACCCCACCACGCCCGGCUACCUGACCUCCCUGCUGGCCUGUGGGGACCUGCAGGUUACAGGCAGCGGCCACUGUCCCUACAGCACUGCCCAGAAGGCGGUGGGCAAGGAUAACUUCACUCUGAUCCCCGAGGGCGUCAACGGGGUAGAGGAGCGGAUGACUGUCGUCUGGGACAAGGCGGUGGCUACUGGGAAGAUGGACGAGAACCAGUUUGUCGCUGUCACCAGCACCAGUGCAGCCAAGAUCUUUAACCUGUACCCCAGGAAAGGGCGGAUCGCCGUGGGCUCGGACGCUGAUGUGGUCAUCUGGGACCCGGACAAAGUGAAGACCGUCACAGCCAAGAGUCACAAGUCGGCUGUGGAGUACAAUAUCUUCGAAGGCAUGGAGUGCCACGGCGCCCCGCUGGUGGUCAUCAGCCAGGGCAAGAUCGUCUUUGAGGACGGCAACAUUAACGUCAGCAAGGGCGUGGGCCGCUUCAUCCCGCGGAAGCCUUUCCCCGAGCACCUCUACCAGCGCGUCCGAAUCAGGAACAAGGUUUCUGGGUUGCAAGGAGUUCCCAGGGGCAUGUACGAUGGGCCUGUGUACGAGGUGCCAGCCACCCCCAAAUAUGCAACUCCAGCUCCUUCCGCCAAAUCCUCACCUUCCAAACACCAGCCUCCGCCCAUCAGGAAUCUCCACCAGUCCAACUUCAGCUUAUCAGGUGCCCAGAUAGAUGACAGCAAUCCGAGGCGCACUGGCCACCGCAUCGUGGCGCCUCCCGGCGGCCGCUCCAACAUCACCAGCCUUGGCUGAAGGCAGACGAGUGGAUGAGCUGCAGCGAAGGAGUCUGGGAAUAAUGUCCAUUCCUUUCCCUGCCAGUGUUUGGAAACCCGGUUUUAUUUGGUACUGAUGGGGGGAUAAUUGAAUGACGAUCGUUCCUUUUCUGUUUAGGAAGAAGUGGUACUAGCGUGGUGUGUUUGCUCGGACCCUCCCUGGCCCACAGUUGUGUGUUCACGCUGACUGCACCUCAGAGCAUGGUGUCUGUGUUCCCCUCCUUAGUGAAAGGUCCCAGCAUCGUCUCGUACUGUCCCUUCCACUUCUGACUUCACGGGCUCCGAGAUUCUCGGGGCGGUUCCUUUGCACCCCUGUAGCUGUUCUAGGAUAGUUGAUGCAUGUUACUAAAUUAUGUAUGCAAGUCUGUGAGUGCGUGUGCUGGACCACCACCCAGGACCGACGGGACGCGGUGCCCAAACCGCAAGCCCUCAGGGGCAGUUCCAAAACAUGCAACAUGGAGAUGUUUGCUCAUUGCUCACCCCAAGUGCCCCCCAACCCCGCCCACAUCGGGAUCUGGGAAUUCCCAGAGAGCAGGGCAGCCCUCCAUUGCCCGCAGAGAACAUCCCACACCCGUGUCAGAAGCCCUGGUCUCUGUGGCGCUUGUUACCACGACUCAGCUCUCUGGUCUGCGUGUGUCCUUCCUGCCUGCUCUGGACUUCAGGCCGAGCCGGGUUCCCACUCCGGAAGGGGUCUCCCUGCCCCCAUCCAGGCCACAGUGGUGGGGCAGCCGCUGCCCGCGGUCACCCGAGUCCGGGUCCCUUUGAGGCAGUUGAUGGGGCAGUCAGAUUUUUAAAGUUUUGUACAAAGUUUUCCUUUGUAAUCACCCCCAUUUUUACUUAACAACUUUACUGUGGCUCUUAUUUCUGAAUUCAAAGCUUGUGAGGAAAUAAAGUAAGUGGCGCGCUGGC